CGGCGCGCCGGGCGCUUAAAUGGCCGCUGGCGGCGGAACCCCCGCCUGCUCUGCUGUGGGGGUUGCCUGGGAUCUCGCUACCGGGGCGCCCCGGGCGGCCGCCCCCGCUGGGGUCUAGACGCAGGCGGUGGAGCUGCCGGGCGGCGCCCGGGGCCUCGCGUAGGGCGGUAUGAGCGAGGAGUAGGGCCCGCACCCCGCUGGGGGCAGGCGAGCGGGCGGGCGCUGGAUUCCUCGGAUUGCGGACGUCGCGGGCAAAUAAAACACGCGGGCGGGCGGUUGCUCUGUGUGUGUGUGUGUGUGUGCGCGCACUGAGGGCGGAGCAGCCGCGGCGCCCCGCGCAGAUGGAGCCCAGCAGCGGCAGCCGCGGCGCCGGGCCCGCCGUUACGCCGGUGGCGGCCGUGCUGCCGGCGGGCGGGAGCGGGGAGCGCCUGGGUGGCGCCACCCCCAAGCAGUUCUGCGCCGUGCAAGGGAGGCCGCUCGUCAGCUACGCGGUGCGGGCGAUGGAGAGGAUAAGUUGGAUAUCCAGUAUUAUUGUGGUGGUCUCUCCUGAAAAUAUUGAAACAAUGAAGUCUAUAAUUGAAAAAUAUGGCCACAAAAGAGUUGUGAUAGCAAAAGGUGGAGUAACUCGUCACCGGUCAAUUUUCAAUGGACUGAAAGUAUUUGUAGAGAAUGAAUUUUCCAACCAUCUGCUUCAGAAGCCAGAAGUAGUGAUUAUCCAUGAUGCUGUGAGGCCAUUUGUUGAAGAAGAUAUUAUUUCAAAAGUGGUUAUGGCUGCUAAAGAGCAUGGGGCAGCAGGAGCAAUUCGUCCUCUGGUUUCUACUGUUAUUGCCUCUGCUGCAGAUGGCUGUUUAGACCACUCAUUGGAACGUGCCAGGUACAGAGCGAGUGAAAUGCCUCAGGCUUUCUUGUUUGAUAUAAUCUAUGAAGCAUACCAACAGUGUACAGACUAUGACCUGGAUUAUGGAACUGAAUGUUUGCAUCUGGCUCUGAAAUACUGUAAAACAAAUGCCAAACUUGUUGAAGGAACAGCUGACCUCUGGAAGGUGACCUACAAGCGGGAUCUGUAUGCAGCUGAAUCGAUUAUUAAGGACAACCUAUCACAAGAAGUUUGUGUUAUUACCGAUGCGAAGGAAGCUGUUGCACAAAUAGGUUUUCUCCUUCAUGAAUCUCUGAAAAGCCAAAUAAAAGUUGAAGCUAUAUCAAUGUCUCUAAGCAAAAAUGAUAGCCAUCUACAAAAUAUCUUUUCGGGACAGCACUACAAUUUUGUUUGCGUAAAUGAUAAAAAGUAUGACAUUCAAGAAACCCAGCAACUAGUGGAUAAGUUGGAAAAAUCAAAUAUUCCUCUCUUAUAUCCAGUUGUCCUUAUUUUGGUGCACUUGAAUAUUUCAGAAAACAUUUCUUUCAGCAUUGGGAUAGAAGAACUAAUUAGGAUCAAGAAAUUUGCAAAGGAAGUGAAAAAGAAAAACAUUUUGGUUUAUGGUCUACUUAUCCAGUAUAAGGACCAUUUGGUGCUUCAGGAGACAGUAAAUUCUGCUGCUGCUCUUAUCAUGGCAUUAAUAAAGGAUAGAAACCCGGAGCUCAUUGGCCAGCUGUUGGUAGCAUAAGACCAUUAAUCAUGUGUAGCUUUUGGAAGUGUUUCUUUUUCAUCAUCCAUUCACCAAAGGUCUUGAAUCAUUUUACCCUUUGAUGAAAACUCUGGAUUUAUGACAUUUACUAUUAAGAUCUUUUAACAACAUAUUUUUGAUACUUAAAAUGCAAGUCUGAUGUUAUGUAUAAAGUGUAAAAUGACAUACAAAUCAUUCUGAGAUAUACUGGGUACAUACAGUGAGGAAUGAUACUGAAACAUUUUUGUUAGAUACUGAGCAUUUAAAAAGGUGCACAGGACACCAAAAGCAUUCAUGCAGAAUUGUCUUUAACCCAUGUAUGUGUGUUGUACUCUAGAACUGCAUGAAGUAAAUUUUAUUUAAGAUAAAAUAAUGCUAAAGCACAGCUCAUCUUCUUUAUAUGAAAUUAUUUCAAAAAUGCUGCUAUACCUAUUAGUGAAUGUGGAGUUCAUUAUACAGUGUAGCUUUCCUGACAUCAACAGAAAUGCAGAUUGCAAGAAGCGUUUGAAGGGCCAGGUCCCCGUCCUCCAUGGAAGGAAGGUACCCUCGAAUCUAAGAAAAGAUGUGCACGAGGACAACGAGGUGCUAAACCCCACAUUUCCAGGUGCAGUAUGCUCUGGCUGUAGCACUCCUUAGUGUUACACUUCUUCCAGUGUCUGAAGACCCAUGUGCCACCAUUCAGAACCAGCUCCAGUAGCUCCACUGAGUACUGUAUUACACAUACAGUUUGGGUUUGCACGUGCCUGUACGUGUGUGCAGGUGUGUGCGUAUGCAUGCUUACAUGGAGAGAAAAGGGUUAAGACUGAAAAAAAUGUUUUGCAACCCAAUCUGUAGGUAAUGGAGAAAUGGGAAGAUUCUGUUAGCUCAUCUACAAGAAUACAAUUUUCAUCUCUUGCUAGUUAGUUAGUUAGCAUAUGUAUGUAUUAAUUAGUAGUGAAGAGGACUGAGUCAAAUAUGUGCUACGCUGGUACUCAAGUGUGGAAAGUUGGGACAGGAAGGUGACAUGGUGAGUGGUUAUUAUGUGGAGUAUCUCCAGGUAUCGCAACCACUAAGAGCAGUACAAGAAGAGGACAGUCCCUGAAAACACCUGUCCUGCCCUCUGCAUCAGACUCAGGAAUUGCAGCUCUCCUUCAGUUUGUAAAGGGGCGAGGUUAAUGUCUUAGGAACCUGCCACCGUUGGAAUAAGGUCUUAGAGAAGUUUCCCCACCAGAACUGUCCAGUGAGUCCCCAAUUCGGUCUGUCCUGAGCCAGAGUCGUCAGUUCAACAUUUCCCUCUGAAACAAGCAUUCCUCCCUUACUCCCACCAUGUUCCACUCCCUCUGGUGCUCAAACAAAACGUAGGAUAGCAUGAUCCGUGCUUUCUCCCCUUUCCUUUCCUCUUUUCCUGACUGCCUACAUCUCUUGUAAAUCCCUUUUAGAAGCUGAUGUUGAUCCCAGACUUCACGUCAAAGUAGAGAGUUGGUAGCUGCCUGUUUUGUAUCCAAAGCACACGUUUUCUUCCACACAGAAGUCACCUUAAGACAACUAACAAAGUUCUCAUGCAUCAUCUGCUUUCUUCUUUGCUUCUCUCUCGUCUCUGAUGAAUGAUUUGUCCUUUUCUCACAUUGGACAACAUAAGCGUUCAUAUUAGCUCUGUGUGUGGCUAUACAAUAGGCAUCUUUUAUUCAUAUAUAUAUAUAUAUAUAUAUAUAUAUAUUCAUACCUGUUCAUAUGCAGAGUUCACAAAUAAAUGAGGAACUAAAGAAUUUAUUAUUGGUAUUAAUAAUUUAACAGGACAGCUUUCACAAAUAAGUUUUCUGAAUACGCUUUUACGUUAAUAAAUUUGAUGAAGGAAUUUGCCUCGCAGGCUUUUAGAAGACAUGGUGAAAGAUGUCUCUUCACUGUAUUUUGUGAUUCUUCUUUGCUUGAAAACUAAAAUACAAUCUGUGAUGUGUUUUCCCCAAAUAAUAAGCAAGUGAAUUUAGAAAAUCCUUCAUGUUUUCUAUCAACUAAUUUAUAAAUUUCAGUACUGCCUUAGCUUUGGUUUCUGUGUAACUUCCCAUCUGCUGAAACAGAACCUUUUACUCUGUAGGGUUGUUUUACUUAUCUCAUUCUUUUAAAAGGAUUUCAAUCCAAUUAAAAAUAUUACUUCAAUGAAUUGCUGUAAUAAAAAAUUGUAUUAUGGUUGUUUAUGGACUUAUUUUGAAAAGCAAACAGACAAUACACAACAAAAAGUAAGUUUCAGGCCAUCAAACAUACUUAGCACUAAUCUUAAGUGGAAGAUAAUAAGCUUUAUUAAUGUACUGUCAAUCAUUACUGGAUUAAGCAUUGUGGAUUUUUUUUUUUAUCUUUAACAAUCUUUUUAAAUAAUUUGCAAACACUGAAAAAUCUAUUUUGCUGCAAGCAAAUACACCAACAGAACUACUAAAACAGAUCAUGAAAUACUAGAACUGCAGUUUAAAAAAAAAAAAAAAAAAAAAAAAAAAACCAAAACAACAAAACAAAACACCAAAACUGGACUGUGAUUAAUGCUAUUGUGUAUCCAAACCAAAUUUAAAUAGUCUUUUGGAUGAUUGUUAAUACUUACAAUGGGAAUAAAGAUAUAAAAUGAAAUU